CGCCGCGGGCGGGGGCGAGGUCGGCGCGCGGCCUCCCGUGAAACCCCGCGCGGGGAAGGACCGGAACUCCGGGCGGGCGGCUUGUUGUUAACAUGGCGGCGGGAGCUACCGGCACGUCUCCAGGAGGCGGCGGGGCCCGCACCCGGAAGACGGGUCUCUUUUCGGCCUAGCGCGGCGGCCGCUGCGGACCCGGAAGUCCGGGCCGGUUGCUGAAUGAGGGGAGCCGGGCCCUCUCCGCGCCAGUCCCCCCGCGCCCUCCGCCCCGACCCGGGCCCCGCCAUGUCCUUCUUCCGGCGGAAAGUGAAAGGCAAAGAGCAAGAGAAGACCUCAGAUGUCAAGUCAGUUAAAGCUUCAAUAUCCGUACAUUCCCCACAAAAAAGCACUAAAAAUCAUGCCUUGCUGGAGGCUGCAGGACCAAGUCACGUUGCAAUCAAUGCCAUUUCUGCCAACAUGGACUCCUUUUCAAGUAGUAGGACGGCAACACUUAAGAAGCAGCCCAGCCACAUGGAGGCCGCUCAUUUUGGUGACCUGGGCAGAUCUUGUCUGGACUACCAGACUCAAGAGACCAAAUCAAGUCUUUCAAAGACCCUUGAACAAGUCUUGCAUGACACUGUUGUCCUCCCUUAUUUCAUUCAAUUCAUGGAACUUCGGAGAAUGGAGCAUUUGGUUAAGUUUUGGUUAGAGGCUGAAAGUUUUCACUCUACAACUUGGUCCCGAAUAAGAGCACACAGUCUGAACACGGUGAAGCAGAGCUCACUGGCUGAACCUGUCUCUCCUUCUAAAAAGCACGAAACUACAGCAGCUUUUGUAACCGACUCUCUUGACAAGAGAUUGGAGGAUUCUAGCUCAGCCCAGUUGGAAGGAAUUGACCUGAAUAAUAGAACUAGCAACACUCAGAAUCACUUGCUGCUUUCCCAGGAAUGUGACAGUGCCCAUUCUCUCCACCUGGAAACGGCCAGAACAGGAGCUCAUCGAGGUUCCGUGGAAACCCAGGAAUCCUCCAGACUUAUAGUAGCCAGUAGAAAUAGUCCCUCUUCUCCACUAAAGGAAUUAUCAGGAAAAUUAAUGAAAAGUAUAGAACAAGAUGCAGUAAAUACUUUUACCAAAUAUAUAUCUCCAGAUGCUGCUAAACCAAUACCAAUUACAGAAGCAAUGAGAAAUGACAUCGUAGCAAAGAUUUGUGGAGAAGAUGGGCAGGUGGAUCCCAACUGUUUUGUCUCAGCACAGUCCAUAGUCUUCAGUGCAAUGGAGCACGAGCACUUUAGUGAGUUUCUGCGAAGUCACCAUUUCUGUAAAUACCAGAUUGAAGUGCUGACCAGUGGAACUGUUUACCUGGCUGACAUUCUCUUCUGUGAGUCAGCCCUCUUUUAUUUCUCUGAGUACAUGGAGAAAGAGGACGCAGUGAAUAUCCUACAGUUCUGGUUGGCAGCAGACAACUUCCAGUCUCAGCUUGCUGCCAAAAAGGGCCAGUAUGAUGGGCAGGAGGCACAGAACGACGCCAUGAUUUUAUAUGACAAGUACUUCUCCCUCCAGGCCACACAUCCUCUUGGAUUCGAUGAUGUUGUACGACUGGAAAUUGAAUCCAACAUCUGCAGGGAAGGUGGGCCACUCCCUAACUGUUUCACCACUCCGUUACGUCAGGCCUGGACAACCAUGGAGAAGGUAUUUUUGCCUGGCUUUUUGUCCAGCAACCUUUAUUAUAAAUAUUUGAAUGAUCUCAUCCAUUCGGUUCGUGGAGACGAGUUCCUGGGAGGAGGUGUCUUGCUGACGGCUCUGGGCUCUGCCGGCCCCACUGAGGACUCCCACCCCGGGUCGGCCGACAGCUCUGCUGUGCAGUCUAGUGUGAAAAAAGCCAGUGUUAAAAUUCUGAAAAAUUUUGAUGAAGCGAUAAUUGUGGAUGCUGCAAGUCUGGAUCCAGAAUCUUUGUAUCAACGGACAUAUGCAGGGAAGAUGACAUUUGGAAGAGUUAGUGACUUGGGGCAGUUCAUCCGAGAAUCUGAGCCUGAACCUGAUGUAAAGAAAUCGAAAGGAUCCAUGUUCUCUCAAGCUAUGAAGAAAUGGGUGCAAGGAAAUACUGAUGAGGCCCAGGAAGAGCUAGCUUGGAAGAUUGCUAAAAUGAUAGUCAGUGACGUUAUGCAGCAGGCACAGUGUGAUCAGCCGUUGGAGAAGUCCACAAAGGGCAUUUAUGGCUCCUCUGUUGAGAUGUGUUGAUUCUUCCCAAUAUUUCCAUUUGCUUUACAAGAACCCAGAACAUGAGCCACUCCUGGACUCAGCCUUGUGUUUGGAGCGUAUGGCAUAGACCUGAGGUGUUAUUAGAUGCAUAUGCUGUGAUUGACUCACUUUGUUCUUUUAACAGAAUAUUUCCAUCCACUUCACUUUGCUUCAACCUUUAAAUAACAGAAAAGCAAUAUAAAGGUCAUAGAAUAAACUGGUUUUGGGUGACUCUUGCUGCCUCUGCAUGGUUUGAAAUAACAUUUUCCGUAAGACUCUAGGCUAUUUAAGCUAGUGCUUUCAGUUAAGAUACUGUCCAGUCAUGUCUUUGUGUGCAUUGUGUGCUUCGGAGCUAGAGAUGUCGGUAGUUGUAAGGUUCUUAAAAGGAAAAGAAUAGCAAGUUUGAGACUGAGUUACUUUUUCUGCCCCACCCACUGUAGGACACAGAAGCAAAGUGUGGCCUGAAACUGGUAGCCAGACGAGACAUAUGCUCUCACGGAGCUCCUUGCGCUUAUUUUCAGAUCAGGAUUGGAAUCAUCUGAACUCGAGUGCCAGGCUCUGUGUGGUGUGCCCACAAAAUAGGAUUCCCUGGCAGGGUUUUUAUAGGUGCAGUGAAUCAGGUGAACAUCCGGCUUUAUCACGAUGUUGACAUCAAUGCAUAUUGUUAAAAAAAAAAAAAAUGUCAGUGAAAAGGGGUACCUUUUAUAACUGGGCGUGUCUUCAUCACUCAUGUAAGAUGUGAUGAAAAUUAAAAAAACAAGUACCAACCUAGCCCAGUGAAGGUCAGUAAAACAGGGAGCAACUUUUUGUAACCUUUUCUGCUUGGGUUUCAGCUUCAGUACAAGUUUGUAAAAUGCCGGUCAUUUACGUUUCUGAAGCUUUGGCUAGUUCAGUAAGCAUUUGGAGGGGAAGGUCGCUCAGAAUAGAAAAGUACAGACGUCUUUGUUUUAAGUACUGAUAGCUAAGCACUGCUGAAGCGGCGGGCGCCUCUCUCAGUACCGUGCUGUGGGGCCUUUUGUACACAAGGGCCUCGUCCCUCCCCUCCCCCGCACACCAGUUGAUCAGACCAGGGUUGAUCUUCUCCCGAUCCAAACAGGCCCAAGAACAUUCUUUAUCCAAAGAAUUUUGCAAAGGGCAGGAGACAUCCCAGUCCCUGUCUGGGGUGAUAGCACGUAUGGGGCACUUGCAAGUCAGGACCCCUGAGCCGGUGCCACGUGGACGAGCAGAGAUGUGUACAAGCAGAAAUGACAGACACGAGAGCAAGUGGGUGAGAGCAGCUGCCUUGUAUCCUGGAGGUGGUGAAGGUUUCUGGCUCUAGUCCUGCAUCCUUGCCGUGGACUCCAUCAGUUCCUCGGGUAUCCUUAGGAUGCACUUUGGCUUUUUAAAAGUCAGUCUCAAGGGAGUUUUUCCUUUGCACAACCAAAAGGACCUUGACUACAGUACUACCAGAUUGAUGUAAUCACUAAUGAUCGCAUGUGCUCAGCAUGUUUGCAAAAUACUGGUGAAUUCUGGAGAAUUUUUCUUCAGUAAACCUUCCUUGGUCAUUUUGUAUAUUCUCUCAAAAUGGAAUCCUAAACUCACGGAACUAAAAGACACUCCCUCAUUUUUCCAGGGGGGAGUUACUCAGGCCUGGGAAAAGGGCAGGUCUUUGGCCUUUUGUUGGAUGGUCACCUUCUGGACCAGGGCCUUUGCACGCUUCCCAACUUCCUUCUGAAGGAUAAACACCAUUCCCACUUCAGCACCUACAAUAAAACCCAGAAAUAGAAGGGCAUUUCUGUUAAUGAGUGAUAAAAACUUCAAAUGAGGGAGGGCAAUGAUUAUCACAAACUUUGUAAGUGCUGACCAUUUCUACGUACUAGGCAAGGUGUCUGGGCUUUGGCUGGGGCCGGAAGCAGGAGUAAGUUCCAGCAGGACAUUCAAGGUUACAGCUUCAAAGACCCACCAGGACAGCUGCUGUGCGGGGCCCUCUGCAGAUGAGCCCUGGGACGCCGCGGAGGCCUCUGCUUGGGCUCAGGAGUAGGAAGUGGGGUCCUCCGCGGACUCGGGGGGUGGGUGGAAAGGGCCAGCAAAAGCCUGGAGGGCGUUCGUGACCACGGAGGAAAGCCCGUCUGCUGCCUGUCAGUGGGAGUUGGAGCUCUUCCCGCUUCGUGGUUCAUGCCAACGGGUGUUUCCUCGUCUGGUCCCUCCACGCUGCCUGCUCUGGCUGGCGCACUGCCCGGGCACGAUGGGGCACCCACGGGGCUGCUCCUCAGCUGCCCCCGAGGGAGCACUCGUGAGCCCAGGCAGGGGUGGCUGGACCCCGUCGGCGGUGGGCGGGCAGGUGCCCGGAUAGAGUGGCUUCCAUUCAGCCAAAGGCAGCUGCCAUUUGCCAAGGAGCAAGUGAGGGUUGUGACAGUGGCGUUUCCUCGGACGCCUGACUCCCCGAUCUUGAAUAGCCGCCAGGCUUAGCCCGAAAUGACCCCACGCCGGCCUCCACCUCCAUCCCGGUAAGAGCCCCACCUGUGGGCACCUCAUGGAACGGCCCGAGCUGGGCCUCCAGACCAAGCAGAGCUCCCCAUCUUGGCAAAGGGCCCUUUGUUCUUUCUAAUGAGAGAGCUGCCGGGUUAGCAGGUGUUCACCUACAAAGUGUUGAUGGUGCAGGGAUGCAGGAAGGGGUAAAAAAAACCUCUGGGCCCCCUGGAGCUUCCAUUCUACCGAGGAGGUAGAGGUUGGAGCUUCAUCUGAAGUGGGUGCUGGUAUUUUUCACUCAAGACAGCCCUUUGUUUUUAUUUAUUUUUUUUUUAAUUUUUUUUUGCGGUACGCGGGCCUCUCACUGCUGUGGCCUCUCCCGUUGUGGAGCACAGGCUCCAGACGCGCAGGCUCAGCGGCCAUGGCUCACGGGCCCAGCCGCUCCGUGGCAUGUGGGAUCUUCCCGGACCGGGGCACGAACCCGUGUCCCCUGCAUCGUCAGGCGGACUCUCAACCACUGCGCCACCAGGGAAGCCCCAAGACAGCCAUUUGAGCCAGUGAUUUAACACCCUCCCAAAGCCCUUCCUGGCAGAGGUCACCAGGUUUCGUGACCUCUUGCCCGCGCCCUUCCACGUGCCCCCAGAGGGCCGGUGGCUGUGCGGCUCCAUUUCCUCGCCGUCACCUGGCUGACAGCGAGGGGUGGGCACCUUGACCCCGGGCCCUUCAGGCUGCUCUCUGAUUCGGGUGGGCCUAGGAGCAGCCACAGCCCCGUGGGGCUCUCUGUAGAGCUCCGGGAAAUGUGGAGCCUUAGAAGCUAGAAACAAGGGGACCAAUGUAGAGUUAUUACACGCAGGUGAUAUAAAAACCCCAAGCUUGGAAAACCCAGCUCCCUACUGAGCUGAUGCCAAGAGGUGAUCAGCCCCUCCCGAGUUCUCCUUUCACGAGAAUAACCAGCACUUGUGUACUUGCCGUGUGCCGGCCUCUCUCUCAGGUAACCCGUGUGACAAUCUUCUAAGCGUGUACUUUUCCCUCGUUGUAAAUGAGGAGACUGAGGCUCUGGAGGCAAAGGAAUUCUCCAGGGGAAUCAAGUCCAGGCAGCCAUUAAAAACAUUCCAUUAGCUUAAAGCAGCGGUUCUUAACACUUGCGUGUGCAUCAGGAUGCCCCACAGAACAUGUUAAAAUGGAUUGCUGGGCCUCCACCCCUCCCCCCUGCCCACAGUUUCUGAGUUGGUAGGUCUAGGGUGGAGCCUGAGAAUGUGGAUUUUAGCAAAUUCCCAGCUGCUGCUGCUCACAAGACCACACUUUUGAGAAUCACGGCCUUAGAACCUGUCCUGUAAAUUGGGAAACACAUGUUUUCAUUCCCUUCUAUUGGGCCACAGAAGUGUAAUUUGAGAUCUAUUACUCAUUCACUCAAGCACAUAAAUCCUUUAUCAGUAUUCAGGUAUUUGUCAAAGCCGAGGGGACCCAGACACCAACCCGCUGUCUCAUUGCCUGGGCAGGUCUGAGGCCGUCCAGGCAGGUGUCUCCCCCGGGGGUGCGGCUUGGAAGAGGCCCAGACCAGCCUCAGCCCCCCAGUGCAUUUGCUGGGGACAGUGCACGUGUCCUCCCUUCAGGGCUGAGUCCGGGCUGGUGGGUCACACCAGGGUCCCGGUGGAAGCUUUUGCACAAAUCCUGCCUGGUCCACUUCCUUCCAGCUUGUCCCCCAGGUCCUCGAUGCCACCUGCCCCUGAGGCCCUGACCAGGCCUCUCCUGCCCCCUCUCCAUUGCUGCCUCUUUUUCAGGUCCCUCCCGCAGGGCUCGGGUGCCUUGUUCCCCUUCCUCUGUCUUCUCCCUUCAGCACACGCUUCCUGGGGGCCAGCUGUGGGCGUGUCCCCAGAGCAGACACUGCCCACCCUCCUUGCUGCCUAGGAAACAAACCCUGACACAUUGCUGGGGUGAGUGACCUGCUGGGGGCAGCCUAGGUGGACCCGAGUUUCAUGGACUCCUGAUCGCAGUCUUGCCCUGGAACAUGCCCACUGUUUGUUCCCUCAAGACUGUACCCUCCCCUCCCCUCCCCCAAAUGGACCAGGACUCCACAUCAGCAUCGCCCAUGACUGCCCACUGCUGGCCCAGCCCUGCCAUGUCUGUGCUCCACAUCCUCCGUUACUGCCUGAGGAGGCUGUCCUCUUAUCUUCUUACCCAGCUCGGGUCCACUCGCCCGCGCACAGCAUGGCCAAGCCACUGACACAGGGUGAAGGAAAGUGCAGCAUUUACUGUAGAACCCCAAGCAAAGAACUGGCAGCUCUUGCUCUAAAGACACAGGGCUUUCAGGGAAGGGUUUUAAAGACAGGGUGAGGGAAAAGGUCAAGGGGUGUGUGAUAAGCUUGUGCACAAGUCUCUGGUUGGCUGGAGGUGUGGUAACAGGGUGGUGGCUCAAGAAUCUCAGUCAUCAGCCUUCUGGUUCCAACCUGUCUGGGGUCUGUGUGCUGGUGGUCAGCAUGCAGCUAACUUCUUCCACCUGGUGGGGGUUUCAGUAUCUGCAAAACAGCUCAAGGAUACGGCUCAGGAUGUUACCUAUAGCCCUUGAGGAACUAAAGGUCUUUUGGCUUUGUUCUAUGGCUAAACUAUUACUAUUUUGUUCUGUUUGACUGUUUCCUUUUGGUUUUGCAUUUUCUCACUUCUCUGAUUAAAUCUGCUCUUUGGACCUCGGGGAAGGCCUAGGAGGCUAAAGCUUUUCAUCAGACAAGAGGUGGGGGACACGGGGGUGGGUCGGUCCCGGGAAGCCCCUGCGGGGUCCUGCCCGGCCCACUCUGGCUCUUUCUUCGGAGCUUUCAUCCCUUUCUCACCCCUACCCCAGCAAACUGCACUGUCCAUGAUGGCGACCCCGCCUGGGGCUCUCCAGUCACACCCAUGGCCAGACUGUCAUCUCCUGCAACUGCUCUACCUCUGGUUUCCCCUCACAUUUCAGCCCCCGGCAACCUCAAGCCAUGCAAGCUUUGCAGGGUUACAGAUGCCUCCUAUUGGAAUGGGUUGAAAGAGGAGUGAGAAGAAGCUUGCGAGUGAUCCCAGGGGUUUUCCCCUCACUGUUACUAGAGUUGGACUUUGUAAACCAGCAUCAGAGAGCAAGUUCAAAAGCAAUAAGUGAGUAGUUUUGUUAUAAGGAUGACAAGCGGGGGCUGGGGAGGACCGUGCUGAUGUGGGACUUGGGUUAGUCUUCCCAGUACCAGUGUGGGACACGUGUCUCAUGCAUCGCAAACAACUUAGAUACAAGGAGAAACACUUCGAGAAACCGUAGCUCUAUCGUGAUGAAGACUUUGGUGUCCCAGAUGCACAUAUAGUGUGAAUAACAUUGUUACUUGAAAUGGGAGAUGGGGAAAAAAAGCAAUAUUUUGUACUGAUGUAUUCUUGUAUAUAAUGUUAUUUUAAAUAUGCAUGUGUAACUAAAUAAAUUAGAUAUUAUAACUAGA